AUGGGAGGGACCGGACCAAGCAAAAUUGAAAAAGAUUUCGAACAAUGCGGCGAAGAGCUUCCAGAGCGCUAUUUAGGCUUUGAAAACAAAGACAAUAUCUGCUAUGCCAACUCUGUGCUCCAAGCCUUAUACUUUUGCCAAGAUUUUCGCAAAUAUUUGAUCAAUCAAAAAAUCGCAUCCCGUGAUACCGUGAUGUCACAACUUCAAGAACUGUAUAUCACUAUGAUUACUUCUAAGCGGAAAACAGGGGUUAUGAGUACCAAAAACGUCAUGUCAAAAUGCAAAGUUCUCAACGAAUUAUUCGAUAACGAUGAUCAUCAUGAUUCUCAUGAAUUUUUAAUAUGACUUAUCAAUAGACUAGACGAAGAACUGAAAGCUCAAGGCUCCCAAUCUUGGGUUCAGCAGCUCUUUGAAGGGAAAUUCACAACGCAGACGAAAUGCCUUUGCUGUCAAAAUGUCACACAUAGAGAUGAAGUUUUUAUGGAUCUGAGUCUUGACGUCAAACAAAAUUGCUCAAUUCUUUCUUCUCUGAAGCGGUAUUCUGAAAUAGAAACUUUAAGUGGAGCUGAUAAAUUUUACUGUGAAACUUGUGCGUGCAAACAGGAAGCACAGACGAGGACUCUGAUAAAAGACCCACCGAAUAUUUUGAUUUGUCAUUUAAAAAGGUUUAAAUAUUCAGAUGAACUUACUCUAUGGCCAUUGAUAAUUUUUUUUAAAUAUUUUAUGAUAAAUUAUAAUGAGAUUUCUAGUAAAUUUGCAUUAUAAAACAUAAAUUAAAUUAAUUUUUUUUUUUUUUAGAAAAAAAAUUACUAUAAAUUUUUAAAAAAAUAUUAAUUUUGAAUAAAGAAAUUAGAAGAUAUACAAAAUUAUCAUAUAGAGUAGCGUUUCCAAGCCAAUUAAGGCUAAAUAAUACAGUUGAUAAUUGCCCAGAAAAACUUUAUGAGCUAUUUGCAUGCAUUGUGCAUUUAGGCCCAGGAUUUCAAUAUGGGCAUUAUAUGGCAAUUGUUAAGAGUCAUGGGCAUUGGAUAAGAUUUGACGACGAUUACGUAGAAAAAGUUGAUGAAGCCUUAAUCCAACACAUUUUUGGGUCAUCUAAAGAAAUUGGGUCAGUUCCAUGUGGAUAUAUUUUGUUUUACAGAGCCACUUUUUAA